AAUGACAACGAUAAUACCGCAGCUUUUAUUAUAAGAUAAGCUGGACAAAUAGGUUUUAAUAAUUAUUCUUCACGAACAAUGAAGUUUAAAUCUUAUUAAUUCGAUACAAACCAAAAGGCAUAGAAAUCGAAUUUCUGUGUUGUUAUGCAAUUUGUUUUGAUAAUGUACUUCUAGACUGCCUAGUCACAACAGUUUGAAAUGACAUGGCUUCCGAAGUUUUCGACGAACCAGCCAACAUCCUGAUGGUAAACGGUGCUGUUGAUCGUUAUGGAUUCUUCGAAGGUGAACAAUUCUGCGAAACAAACACGCGGAAACUUUCUGAAUCCUCUUUGAAUAAAAUACGCCGAAAAGAAUUGAAAUGGCAAAAUAUGCUGACUGAAUGGGAUAAAUGGAUGUAUUAUAAAACGGAUCGGGUGAGAAAUCAAUGUCGAAAAGGUAUUGCACCGGCUAUACGUUCAAGAGUGUGGCAGUAUCUCUGUGGAAGCCAUAGAAUAAUGCAGAUGGAACGUGGGAAAUAUCAGAUACUUUUGAGAAUGUCGGGUGAUCCAAAGACAAUUUCACAAAUCAAAUUAGAUGUCGACAGACAGUUGCCCAAUCACGUACUUUUUGCUACAAGCCAUGGUAAUGCAAAAGCAUCUCUGUUCAACAUACUCAAAGCAUAUUCACUGCUACAUCCUGCUACUGGCUAUUGCCAAGCUCAAGCACCGAUUGCUGCAGCGUUACUUAUACAUAUGCCAGAAGAGGAUGCAUUUUGGACCUUUGUCUGUUUAUGCAACCGAUAUAUGACCGAUUAUUUUAAAUCAGAUCUUGUACGUGUCAAAAUUGAAUUGAACAUGUUAUUUGAAUUGGUGAAGAAAUAUCAACCAGAUAUAUACCAUCACAUGGUGAAAUGUAACACAGAGCCAAUAUAUUUUGCUAUUGACUGGUUCAUGUGUUUGUAUACACGCAAUUUGCCAUGGUCUACAGUCCUCCGUAUAUGGGAUAUGUUCUUCUUCGAAGGUGUGAAGGUUUUAUUUCGUAUAGCACUUUCUAUAUUUCAACUUUUACUGGGAGAUUCGAAUUCAAGAAAAAGAUUGAAUUCAAUGGAUAAAUUAAUGGAAUCUUUACGUAAUCUACCAAAAAAUAUAGUCGGUGAACAUGUGCUUAUUAAUCAUUCAUUUCGUUAUACAUUUAUCACUAAACAAGAACUUGUAAAACUGUAUCGAACACAACUAAAAUCUAUUGAGUUAAUAUCAUCAUCUUCAUCCUAAUUUCUAUGUCUUAUUCAUUUGAAUUAUGCUUCGAUUAAUCGAUGAUUUUGUUUCUUCUAGUGGAAAUCACUCUGUUUUUUCUUCUUCUUCAGAAUUUACUUUUGCAAAUGUCAUAUUUCACUUAAAUUCAUAUAACACUGUUUAACUGCUUAAAUUCUAAUCCUUUUUUCAUUUUGUUUUGUACGUACAAUCAUGGGAGUGAAAUCAUUUAAGCAUAAACUCCAUAUUUUGCUAGUUCUAUUAUGACUUCUUUAAAAAGAGCCCUUGUCAUUUGAUUUGAUAAUUUUAAACUUUACAUUUACUUCAUUAAUUAAUGUAUCUCUGGUUAAGAUCACUGACUUUCAAUUCCUUUAUGCCUUCACGAAAAAAUGUGUAAAUUUGUUUGUUCAUAAAACAUUUGCUAUCAGUUUUA